CGAACACCAAUCGCAACCACAAUACAACCUCAUCUCAUCCACCAGACUUCAGCAUGGCGGACAAGAUGGAAGUAGAUGCCGUCAAUGGCGAGGAGAAGAAGGAGGAGGAGACUGUGCAAGAGGUGUCACCGCAACGCAUCAUCAUCAACAACUUCGCUCUCAUCAACUCGGCCGUAGACAGCUUCGAUUCGAGAUUCACCCUCCGCGCGCUACGAUCCAUCUCCACCCUGCGCAAGUCGAGCGCCUUCCCCGAAGCCAUCAUCCACGGCAUCCGCACCGCAUACCCCAACGCAUCGAACAGAGGACGACAAAUAUUGGAAGAGCUGCUACCCGAGAAGCACCGCUCUGCACAGAAUGGAUCGGCGGCGAAGAGCACGGCAACGGAAGAGCAAGUGCAUCCGGAGAUUUGGGCGUAUCUUGGCGUGCUCGUGCAAGUCUACUUGUACGAUGCCGGCGAGAUCGAGACUGGUGCAGAGUUCAGCGAGAACUUUGUCGAGCGCAUUCGCAGCUGGAAUCGCCGCACACUGGAUCAGAUUGGCACAAAGGCAUACUUCUACUAUGCGCUGUUCCACGAGAACCUGGACCCCAAGCCGCCGUCGAAGCAGUCGCAUGUUAUCGAGACAAGGCCGAAGCUGCUGGCUGCUCUUCGAUCUGCCGUACUUCGCAAGGACUUCGAUACCCAGGCUGCAGUGACUGUACUUUUGCUCCGCAACUACAUCAGCACCGCGGACAUCACACAAGCCGAUCUGUUGGUUGCUCAAACACAAUUCCCAUCCUCUGCCUCCAACAACCAAGUCUGCCGCUACCUCUACUACCUGGGACGGAUCCGUGCCAUUCAACUCGCCUACACUCAAGCUCACGAGCACCUCGAAUCCGCUACACGAAAGUCGCCUACAACCGGACCUGCCGUUGGCUUCUAUCAGCAAGCAAUGAAGCUGCUCAUCGUGGUCGAGCUUCUGAUGGGUGAUAUCCCAGAGCGUUCCGUCUUCCGUCAACCUGCACUGGAGGCCGCUCUGUACCCAUACUUCAAGCUCGUCCAGGCCGUUCGCGUGGGUGACUUGCAGGCUUUCCUGAAGUGCGUCAACGUCAGCGAAGCUCAGUUCCGCAAAGAUGGCACCUACACCUUGAUCCUCCGUCUUCGCCAGAACGUCAUCAAGACCGGCGUGCGCAUGCUGUCGUUGUCAUACUCUCGAAUCUCCCUACGAGACAUCUGCACGCGCCUCGGAGUGGAGUCAGAAGAGUCGGCCGAGUACAUCACCGCAAAGGCUAUCCGCGAUGGAGUGAUUGAGGCUUCGUUGGACCACCAGAACGGACACAUGGUGACGGUACCACAGAAGGAUGCAUACAGCACGACCGAGCCAUCGGAGGCAUUCCACGCUCGUAUAUCGGCAUUGUUGGGCAUGAGGGACGAGUGUGUGAUGGCGAUGAGAUACCCCAUGAACAAGCAUCGUCAGGAGAUUGCUGAGGCUGCCAAGGCUCGCGACCGUGAGCGCGAGUUGGCGAAGGAGAUUGUCGAUGGCGACAUUGACGAUGGUGACGAUGAGGGUUUUGAUGGCUUGUGA